GCUUGGUUAGAUGUCUAUAAUGUAUCAUGGAACAACACUUCCUUUAUAUUUCUGGCAUCUGUGGCCCUGUCAGCGGCUAUCAUCAUUGUCUCGUGGAUCCUUCCAUUUAACAGCAGUAUUAGGAAUCGCAAAACCAAAAUAAAGAUCAAGAUAGAUGAACCAGAGGAUGAUGAACAGGAACUGCAGAGGUUGUUGGAUAUGGCCCACCAUGCGCCUGGAGAUGUAAAGAAGGCUCAGCGCCGAGCACUGGAACGCAACAUUGAGACUCACAUGAGUGAUGAACAGCGACAAGCUGAGAGAGAGGCUCAGUCUCAACAGUUAGCUGCCAUAUUUAAGAUGAUGAAAGAGCAAGAGGAAAAAUUUGGAGAAACAACCAUAGAUGAAAUAAAAGACCAGAUGAAGCUUUAUUGUGGUUAAUGCAGAUACGACCUUGGCCGACAGGUGGGAAGAAGGAAAGAAGUCAUGCAUUAGCCCUUGAGUAUAAUUGCUCAUCAUUCCACUUUUUUUUAGUAAGUCCAGGGGAAAAAGUGGGGUUUUGAUUUUAAGAACUGUAUUUGCCUUUAGCUCGCAGAGUGCAUGGCACAGCUCAUACUACUGAGCUUGGGAUCACGAGCCUCAGUUAAGCGUUUUCUUCCUCUUUUCUUUUCAUUUUUCUCCUCCUUCUCCUUCACUUUCUCCUCAUCCUCCCCCUCCUCAUCCUCCUCAUCCCUUUUCUCCUCAUCCUUUUCCUCCUUCUUUUCCUCAUCCUCCUCCAGGUGAUACCAUGAAUGUUUAUAUUCAAGCUUAUAAUAAUUAAAAAACACAUAAUGAAAUAAAUUUUGUAAUUGAAUAAUUGCACAUCACAGUGUGGGUUGAAAGAGGGUAAUUAUGCACUCCACAGGUUAAGAACCAAUAAACUGCAACUUUAUAUAAUUGCAGAUGUGAUAUGAAUUAUAUUUUACUAGGAUUGUAUGUUUUUUGUAUGUAUGUAUAGAGUUACAUAGUAAAGCAUAUUUUAUACACAGUGUGUGUAUGUAGGUGUAUAGAAUGAAUAAUGCAAUUUUUAUUCUUAGAGCUAAGUUCCCAGCUCAUAUGAUGCCCAUUUAUUAUGCUUACCUUCAUUCCCAGACAACUACUUGAAUAGACCGUCAUAGAAUUAUUAACCCCUCCAUAGUGAGCUGGACAACAUGCCUUAGUCAGCAUAUCUUCUGCAAAUUCAGAUCUCGGUAAAACUUUUUUCCCUCAAGAAAUUAUCAGUAAAGAUUAACAUAGAACAAAGAUAUUAGCUGGAGUUCAGAUUACAGAAGACAUUGACAGGCAAAUAACAAUUGAGCUGUAUAAUUUCAUUCAAUGCAGUUGACAUGAACACUCCGACACAGAGCAAAGAUGACUGGCAAUAGGUAAAAGUUGCCAUAGUGCUUUUGUACCCCCACACACUUUCUGGUAACACAUUUCCAGGUUAGACACUUAAAAUUGCCUAUGAAAUUGCAAAACAUUAUAGAACAUCAGUUGCCUUCUAGGUAAAUGUAAUAUUUCAUCAGCCACUAAGGAGGGGUAAAAGGGAGUAGUGGAGAAGAGUAUCUUCAACACUUGUAAAUGAGAGUAGUGUCAACCUUAGCAUGUAAAUAUUUCUUUACUAACCGUUCAGACAGAAUGUAAAACAAGGGUCCAAACUUGACAUAUAAUAUAAACAGAUGUUUAGCAGCAAUAGGAACUAGUAUUUUGUAGGAUUUAUUUAUAAAUAGAUUUGUAUCAUCCAUUUCAAGUUGGAUAGUAGUACUUUAGAAUAUGUAAUUAUUAUCAGGGUGUUUGUUUAGUUGUGUCCUCCAUUAUUAUAUUUAAGGAGGCCUAAUUAAUUACUUAAUAUUUAUGUAUGAAUAGACACAUUGAUUCUCUGAAAAUAAAGAAAAAAAAGAGACAUAA